AGUAAAUCAAUCAACCUUGUAUACGCUCCUGCCUUGGAAAAGACGGUUUGGUUUACACAACAAAUUUAAUAAUAAAGGUAGAAUUGACCUAAUGUUUUUUAAAAUCAAGUGUUUAAUUUUUGGAUUUUCCAAAGCGAAUGUUCACUAGACAGAUGUGGACGUAAGAAAAUGCAGGGAUCUACACAGGAGACUGUCGAGGAAAAUACACACUAUGAACACGAAAAAGCAAGAUCGAGGGGACGAUAUAUGACACUAUUCGUUGUCAAAUGCUUGCUGGGUAUUCUACUACUUAUACUUGGCGGUGUAGCCGUAAAAAAUACCCAGGGACAGAAGAACACAUUUGGUCCUCCGUACUUCCUCGGAGCCUUUCUCGUUGGAUGCGCAAUGAUCCUAGCAAGCCCGAUGGACAUAUUCAUGUUCCGAAAUUCCAAAUCCAGCGACCCGGCAACACUACAAAAAUUAUCAAAAUAUCAUUGCAUCGAAAUUUUACUUACAAAUAUUUUAAUUAUUGGCGGAUUUGUUGGCAUCUUCUUCGUAGCCAUAUUUGGUAUUCCAGAGUGUGAUCCUUCAGAUUUCCGUAGCCGCUGUAACUAUACAGAUAACCUGUCAACAAAUCGCAACCUAGCAAUAGCCAUCCUGAUAUCUCUUCUUGUGAGUGAAAUAAUAGCAAUUGGAAGUAUCGUGAUGCACUGUCAUACUUGUAAAGGCCGUGGUCCGUACAAUAUGCUGAAAGCUAGGAAGCGGAGAUUUACCCCUUAUCGGAAUAUAUAUAUAGACAGAGGUGCUGGCAUUGUUGUCAUGACAACGGCUCCUGUUGAACCGAGACCUGUUGCUGGUGGUUUUGGUGCUAAUCAUAACUAUGAUAGUUAUAACGCAGACACACAAAUUAUGAUUGAUGGUAAUGUUAUAGGUAAAAAUAGUGCUGAUUUUGCUGGAGCCGUCAGACACCCACCACAGAAUACUACUGUUAAUCACCCUCCAAUGGGGUAUUCUCAAUAUCCGAGUGCGGCCAACCAAAACAGGCAGUAUAGUCAUGAAUGUCAAGGCAAUGUUUCAGUUGAAUCUGUACAUCAUUUACAAGAACAGAACAGAUUACUAAGGGAGCAGAUUGUGCUACAACAACAACAACUUCGGUUAAUGCAACAGCAGCAGCAACAGCAACAAAGUGAAUCGUCGUCAUCACUCCCACCGCCUCCAAGUUAUGAGUCCUGCAUGCAAGAUCCAGUGCAGCUGAAGUUUCUUCAACAGCAGAAUGAAGAAUUACAAAAUAGAUAUCACAGUCAGCAAAAACAACUAACGGAAAAGAUACCGUUUUCUAAAGACAGACACAUCGCACCUUCAGCUCCGCCUAUAUGAUACAUCAGACAUUCAGCUCCGCCUAUAUGAUACAUCAGACAUUCAGCUCCGCCUAUAUGAUACAUCAGGCAUUCAGCGCCGACUUUAUGGAUCUGAGUAUACUGACAUUUACUAGGUUUUUGACUUCAAUAUAGCUGUCAUAUUUAAAUUAUUGAAACUAGAACAAAGACUAGAACCAAAACCAACUAAAUGUCGGGUUUUGAUUCAGUGAGAAGGAAACAGAGGUAAUAAUAUCAGCGCAAAUACAACGGCUUGAAAACAGACCUUAUUUCAGAUCCUUCUUAGAAUCUGGAUAGUGACAAUGUGAAGUGGCGAAACAGAAAGUCUUUACAUAGAAAAUGAACAUUAGUUCAUGUUAAUUUCUCAAGAUACACUACAGAGUGAAAUAGAAAACAUUAAACACCUAAAACGUGUAUAAAUAUCUAGUAUGUUGACAAUUAUCUUACUGAACAGUCUCAAUACUAAAGCAUAAUAUCACUAUAUGAGCCGCUCCAUGAGAAAACCAACUUAGUGCGUUUGCGACCAGCAUGGAUCCAGACCAGCCUGCGCAUCCACACAGUCUGGUCAGGAUCCAUGCUGUUCGCUUUCAAAGCCUAUUGCAAUUAGGGAAACUGCGAAAGUUUAUAUGAAUGUACCUGGGGUUUUAUUUGAGUUUGAACUCCCGCCCUACGUAUCCGAUCCCCUAGAUCUACUAAGUUUCUUUUUUUUACUAUUUAAAAUUUCUUUUAUUUGUGUUGCUUGAUGAUCCUCACAUCACAUUCCCCUUUUCACUCUAACCCCAACACAAUGCAAUACAUGUAUAUAGAGGACAUUUCAUGAAUGUCACAUUGAAUUUAUUAAACAAAUUGAAUAAAAUGAUAAAGCCGA